AUGGUUAAUACUCGCAGUACAACGCGCAGGGAACGCGAAAGAAAAGCAGAAGAGGAUAGACAACUUCAGCUACAAGUGCCUUCUCAGCCAACUAAUGGAAAUAAUGCCCAGAACAAUGACGAAAUAAAGAUUAACGUCCCCGCGUUUAAAUUAUCGGGUAGCAGUGUAAAAUCGGAGCACCGCCCGGCGCAACAUAAUACGCCCGCUUCGCUAACGGGGGCAAAGUCCAAGUCGUCAUCAUCGUCUGUGCUGGCUCGAAUAAAACAGCUGGAACUAGAAGCGGCUCAAGAAAAAGCGCGUAUCCAGAUGGCCCUCAUCGACAAGAAGCUUGAGGCUGAUUUAGCCAACCUGAUGGAUGAGGAACAAGAAAACUACAGUCCACAUGAUGAUCUGCACACUGACACACAGGAUGAAGUGGAGAAGUGGUUGGAACGAAGCCAACGUGAGCUGGAAUCCGCCGCGCAGCAAGUCCCCGAUCAUGGUAACCAGCCGGACCUGCCGUGCCCGCCGCCGGUCGUUGACCCCGGCACCUCUAAUGGAACGAUUCAAAUGCUCGCAAGUGCGCUUCAAAAUCUAACUGCAAGUACCGCUAAACAAAAGAGUGACAAAAACCUGCUAAGCCGAUUAUGUACUCCCAGAGACCUACCUAGCUACUCUGGCGACUCUUUAGACUGGCUACAAUUUAAGCAGGCCUAUGAAGAGUCUACCGAAGUGUGCGGAUUCAGCCCGAAGGAGAACCUAUGGAGACUGAGAAAAUGUCUACACGGAACUGCCAGGGAAGCAGUUUCAGCUUUAAUGGUUACUGCUACGUCGCCCGAUAUAGUGAUGAAAACCUUGGAAUUGGUAUGUGGAAAUCCUGAAAGCAUCUUAACUCGCAUCAUGCAAGGAUUACGAAAACUACCAUCUAUGUCGAACGAGUACAGUAAGGACAUCGUAUUUUUCUCAGUCAAAGUGCAAAACUUCAUCGCAGCCGUACAUGCAGUCGGCCGCAAAGAGUACCUACACGACGUAAACAUGGCUAAUAUUAUCCUAUCUAAAUUACCGACCGUCAUUAUUUCGAAAUGGUCUGACUACAGUUUCCCUAUAAUAGCCGAAGGCAAGAAGCCACGCUUGGAGAUACUCGGAGACUUUUUAAACAUCGAAGCAGUGAAAAUAACUACUACAGCGAACAUUCACGUCACGGAUCAGCGCAGCAGUUAUCAACAUCACUCGAAAAACAAAAGUGAUAAUAAUAACGCUAACCGCCAACAAACAGUUUUAUUGCAAUCGGCGCAGGCGCGCAGUGACAAUAAGUGUUUAUUUUGCCGCGGUGCAAAACACGAGUUAACUGAGUGCAAGAUGUUCAAAAAGGCGUUAAGAAAGGACCGGUGGCGUCAUGUGAAGCGCCACGGAGUAUGCUUCAAGUGCCUAGUGUCAUGCCACGACCGCGAGAACUGCCCCGCGCCCGCUUGUGACAAGGACGGGUGUGGCGAGGCGCAUCACCGACUAUUACAUUAUGUACAACAUCGCGACACGGAUAAGGAUGCUACGUCGGAAUCUCCAGAUAAGAAGGAAACAGCUGAGUCGAGCCCUACGAACGAAACGGUAUCCUUUAUAAACAUAAAUGACCAUAAAGUGUUGUUAAAAGUUGUGCCGAUUAAAAUACGCGGACCUAACGGUGUCUUUAUGACAAGUGCAUUUUUAGAUGACGGAAGUAGUAUCAGUCUUAUAAGUAAAUCACUCGCCGAGCGCGCCGGCCUGCGCGGGCGCACUGAGACUAUGCGAGUGAGCGGAGCGUGGAAAGAUAGCGAUUUAGAAUGUACUUAUACAGUUGUAUCUAUCGAUGUGUCUAGUUUAAAUGGUAGUGAGACUUUUAAUGUCAAUUUACGAGCUGUAGAUAAUUUGGAAAUUCCUGAGCAGGACUUUAGGUCCAUCGAUUGUAAUAAAUUUGCCCACUUACAAAAGUUAAAAGACAAAUGGUCGCCUAAUGUAAUUUCUUGUAACCCUGAAGUUUUAAUUGGGCAGGAUAAUUAUGAUUUAAUUAUGCCGUUAGAAAUAUGUAAAGGUAAACCCUUAGAGCCGUUCGCUACGCGCACUGUCUUAGGUUGGUCCGUCCAUGGGAAGACGCGCGCCCCGCACGGCCGAGGCCCCCGCGCCGCCCACAACCUGCUGCUAGCAGCUGCUGACUGCUGCCCGAGCGCCCACGACGACGCGCUCCGCGACCUUCAUGAGGAAGUAAGACGCUAUUUUUCUAUUGACUCUCUAGGUGUGUGUAACAAGCCUCGUCAGAACAGCGAUGACGUCCGUGCCUUAGCCCAGUUGGACCGCACGACCACCUUCGCUGACGGCAGGUGGCAAGUUGGUCUGCCGUGGCGCGACGAGAACAGCGUGAUGCCUGACAGCUACCCUAACGCCCUAAAUAGGUUAAAGGGAGUUGAAAAGAAAAUGGCGGCAAACAGUGAGUAUGCUCAAAGGUACACGGAUCGAGUAAAUCAUUUGUUCCAAAAUGAUUUUGCCCGGGAGGUCAUUGACCCUCGAUCCGCUUCCCCUCACACAUGGUACCUACCUCACCAUGCGGUGGACAAUUUAAACAAGAAAAAGCUUCGUCUUGUUUUUGAUUGUGCCGCAAAAAGUAAAGGUACAUCGCUGAACGAUUACCUACUUCAAGGUCCCGACCUACUCGCGUCCCUAUUCGGCAUUAUGGUACGAUUUAGAGAGAAUAGGUACGCUGUGGCCGGUGAUUUGCGUGACAUGUUCCUAAGGGUCAAAAUACGACCCGAGGACCAGGACGCACUUAGGUUUUUAUGGAGGACUGACUCUAAACAGCCAGUCAAAACAUAUGCUAUGACGUCACUAGUGUUUGGCGCUAAUUCGUCCCCUUUUAUCGCCCAGUACGUCAAGAAUAGGAACGCACAGCGUUAUGCGUCCACAAUGCCUGCUGCCGUUGCUGCCAUCUGCGAGCAACACUACAUGGACGAUUACUUGGACAGUUUGCCGGACGAGGCCGCAGCUAUAAAAAUGGUAAAAGAUGUUACUUUUAUUCACAAACAGGGCGGGUUCGACAUGUGCAACUGGACAAGUAACAGCGAGGCAGUAUUGGACAGCGUGCCAAAAGAAGCCUUAGGCACAGCAGCCUUAAGGUUCAAAUUAGAUCGACAGCAAGAAGAUAUUGCAACGCGCGAAACUUAUGACGACGCUCUCUUCCAAAACGAGUGGUUAAAGGGCCCUUCGUUCUUGGGAAGCGACGAGUCAUCCUGGCCGCGUAAUAUUGUCGGCACUGCAGCUGUUGAACCUGAAAGGUCAGAAAUUAUAAAUAUAAUUAAUGACUUACCUGCUACAUACUUACCUGUAUUUAAUCCGGAGCGCUUCUCUUCGUGGUUGCGGCUGUUGCGGAGCACAUACCAUGUGUUAGUAUUCGUGCAUAAAUGUCGAAAGCAGACUUACGAUGACUCUGAGUUGAUGCGGCGAGCCGAGCUGCUAUUGGUGCGACAGGUACAAGAAGAAUGCUUCGGCGCGGAGUUAGCUGCAAUUAGAAAAGGUAUGAGUCUCGAACGUAAUAGUCGAAUACUUACCUGGUCACCUUACCUGGAUGAUUGUGGGGUCCUUCGCUGCGGCGGCCGUAUUAAUGCUGCACAGGGUGUUGGCGCCGAUACAAAGUACCCGAUUAUUUUGGACGGGCGGCACCAGGUGACGCGAUUGCUCGUGAAGCAUUAUCACAUCAGGGCUGCGCAUGAUUACCAGGAAACGGUGGUGAACAAUCUAAAGGAAAAAUACGCAAUCACGAAGAUAAGGCCGACGGUUAAACAUGUAGCAACGAGAUGCAUGUUUUGUAAAAUACGCAAGGCGCAACCACAUGUACCUGUAAUGGGUGAGUUACCUCCAGGUCGAAUGGCACAUCACCAGAGGCCAUUCACACAUUGCGGCCUUGACUUGUUCGGCCCAAUGGAGGUGGUGGUCGGCAGAGGACGCCAAAAGAGGUACGGGGUCAUUUUUACCUGCCUUACUGUAAGGGCGAUCCAUUUGGAGAUCGUACAUUCUCUCACGACCGACUCCCUCAUUAUGGCGUUACGGCGUAUGGCGUCGCGUCGAGGAUGGCCAGACUGUUUCUACUCGGAUAACGGUACGAACCUACGGGGAGCUGAUACCGAGUUGAAACGAUCUGUGCGGGAACUCGACAACAAAGCUGUCAAUGACUUUGCAUUGACCAAUGGUUCGAGUUGGAAAUUUAUACCUCCCGCGAGUCCCCAUUGGGGUGGGGCGUGGGAGCGCCUCAUACGCAGCGUUAAGAAAAGUCUUAGCGUUGUCCUUAAAGAGCGGGCACCGAAGGACGAAGUUCUCAGCACUCUGAUGGCGGAGGUGGAGAACAUCGUCAACAGUCGCCCGCUAACCCACGUCUCCGUGGAACCAGGUAGUGACGGCGCUCUGACGCCGAACCACUUCCUUCUUCACUCGCCUCCUAAUACCCCCGCUUUAGGUGCCUUUGACGAUUCAGACUUGUUCCUUCGGAAGCAAUGGCGGACGAGUCAAAGGCUGGCCGAUAUGUAUUGGCAGAGGUGGGUAAAGGAAUACUUACCGGAGCUACUCCCUAGAAGGAAGUGGAACACUGAACAAACUCCACUGAAGGUAGGAGACUUAGUUUUAGUUGUAGAUCCAGGAGCACCACGCAAUGUGUGGCCGAAGGCGGUCAUCCAGCAGGUAUUCCCAGGUAGGGAUGGUCGGGUCAGGUUGGUGGAAAUAAAAACCAAAUCCGGCGUCUUUAAAAGGCCUGCGGCGCGCGUCGCUAGAAUCCCUUUGGUUAAUGAGUGCUGA